GGGUGCGCCUGCGCGCCCCCGAGUGCGGUGAAAUUCCUGGCGGGGGGAGCGGGAGGUGUCGGCGUUGAGGGCUCGGAGCAGGAGGUGGAGGGCGGCUCGGAGCCACGGCCGCGCUGCCCUGCCCGGGACCCUGCGUGCUGUGGCGGCCGGCGCCGAGCCAGACCCCCGGCGGGAGCGGAGCGGACGGGCUGAGGGACGCUCGCCGCCACCUCUCGCAGCGCCAGGAGCCGCGCCGUCCCCGCCGCCGCUGGGACUCCCUCCCCGGGCAGAGCGGGGGAGAAUGACGGAGCUCCAGUCCGCCUUGCUACUGCGGAGACAACUAGCAGAGCUCAACAAAAAUCCAGUGGAAGGCUUUUCAGCGGGCUUAAUAGAUGACAAUGAUCUUUAUCGAUGGGAAGUCCUUAUUAUUGGUCCUCCAGAUACACUAUAUGAAGGUGGUGUUUUCAAGGCUCAUCUUACUUUUCCAAAAGACUACCCACUGAGGCCGCCAAAAAUGAAAUUCAUCACAGAAAUCUGGCAUCCGAAUGUUGACAAGAACGGUGAUGUCUGCAUUUCAAUUCUUCAUGAGCCUGGAGAAGACAAAUAUGGCUAUGAAAAACCUGAGGAACGCUGGCUUCCCAUUCACACAGUGGAAACUAUAAUGAUUAGUGUUAUUUCUAUGCUGGCAGAUCCCAAUGGUGAUUCUCCUGCUAAUGUUGAUGCAGCGAAAGAAUGGAGAGAAGACAGAAAUGGAGAAUUUAAAAGAAAAGUUGCCCGCUGUGUAAGAAAAAGCCAAGAAACUGCUUUUGAGUGACACUUAUUCAGCAGCUAGUAGCUUCACUUUUUUCAGGGUCUCCAAUUGAGAAACAUGGCACUGUUUUUUUCCUGCACUCUACCCACCUAUUGCUGGACUUCUGUUGUUACAAGUUGGCAAACACUGGCUGGAACUGGGCUGCAAUAAAACAUGCCAGUUAUCAAUGCUGACAAGAGCCUAACAAGUGCCAACACAAGAUGAUUACGCAUUUUGAAAUCUAAUGAACUGCUUUAACCUUCAGGAAGAAUUGUAAAGAUGUGUACAUAGCACAACAUGAUCCGGAUAAUAUAUAUACUGUUCAUGUACAUCCACAAAUACACAUUGUACCAAAUAAUGCUGUCUGUAGUUAGGGAUAGAAUUGUGUAAAUUCUAAAGAUUUUAGCAGGUUUUUUUCUCUCCCUAUUCAUUGUUUCCUGAGUUAAAAAA